CGGUAUCUGUCUAUAGACUCGCUUCACUUUCACAGUCUCACUCUCAGCUCUACGAUCAGCGGGCCGCCGACACAGACAUGAGUCCGUGGUUCCCCAGCGCUUUUCGGGCUCUCGCUGCGCUGUCUGCGCUGUCCGCCGUCGACGGUUAUUUCCAUCAUACGCAUGCCGAAUGCCGCUACAGCUCAGAGGACCUGAAGGACACCGAGUUUAUCGGCAGAUAUGUUUUUAACAAGCUGGAGUAUCUGAGGUAUAACAGCACUAUGAAUAAGUUCAUUGGUUACACUGAACACGGAGUGAAAAAUGCAGAGAGACACAACAAAGAGGGAGCAGCGGAGCGACAGCAUGCCAACGUGGACGGAUACUGCAAGGUCAACGCUGCGAAUUACUUUAAGUCCAUACUGUGGCAUAAAGUUGAACCAACUGUUGAGGUUACGACUGUAAAGGCCUCCAGUGAAAGGCACACCACUAAGUUGCAGUGCAGUGCGUAUGACUUCUACCCCGAAGGAAUCAAACUGAAAUGGCUGAGGAGUGGAGUGGAGGUGAAGGAUGGUGUGACUGCCACUGAGGAGCUUUACGAUGGAGACUGGUACCACCAGAUCCACUCCUAUCUGGAGUUCACACCCCAGUCUGGAGAGACCAUAGAGUGUCAGGUGGAGCACAGCAGCCUCAAGCAGCCCAAGACAUAUAAAUGGGACCCAUCACUGCCUGAAGGGGAGAGAAACAAGGUGAUCAUUGGGACUUCUGGUUUGGUGCUGGGGCUCGUGUUCUCCAUCGCUGGAUUGGUCUAUUACAAGAAGAAGUCUACGGGGAGAAUUUUGGUACCAUCGAGUUAAGGUGCAGAAGAAGGGCCUGGAUUGUGGUGAUGUGUUUGAUUACUCAGGAUGAUUUAUGUUUUUGUCAUUAACAUUAUGUAUUUCCCAAGUCUUAUAUGCAAGAAUACAGUUUAAUGUAAAAUUCUAUUAUGCUAAAUGGCACCAGUCUAAUAUUUUUAUAUGUAACAGAUAUUACUGUAUUUCCAGACAAGGGCUAGGGGUCUCUACUGUCUACAGUAUGUGUCCUUUUUAUAUUGGGUUUGAUGUCAUAACAGGUAAAUUUCAGUUUUUCUCAGCAAGGAAAGAGGCAGCAAUCAUGCUUAGAAUUUAUUCUUUUAAUUACAAAUCCAUAUUUAGUGGUACAUUGAUAUAGUACUGAUAGAGAUUUUAAGAAUGGAUUCCUGUGUGAUUAAUUCACUGCUUCUUCUGAGGAAUCAGUACAUUGUGACUAGAUUCACUUUUAACCCGUAAGUGUCAGCUGGAACCCACCAGCCAUAAGGCAAAUCAUGAAAGACUUUUUGAAACAGCAAAAGCAGAAUUACACUCGGUUAUCUUUCCCAGAAAACAUUUUCCUAGAUUUUUUGCCACUGACUCGCUGGCUGGCUUAUGACAUUUUAUCAGAUUUAGAAUCUGACAAAAUUUGACAAGUACUCUCAAAUUGGAUAAUUAAAAAAAAUUAAUUGAAUAGAAUACAAUCAAUUUUCUUUAUUAAAAUUUUGAUCACAAAAAAGGACGUAAUCUCUUUAAUGGCAACAAUAUUUCUUGCAUAUAUUACAGCAAUUUAACAAUGCAGUUUUGUUAUCUUUGGGUUCUGUAUAAAUCAAUUUAAUCAGUAAUAAAAUUUUACAAGAUUUUAUUUUUAUCUUGUUGGUUGGGCAAUUCUUUACAUGUUUUUCUUUAAUUCUCCAACUUAAAUGCUUCUGGGUAAUACAUUACUAAAUGUAAGCAAUGUUUAUAAUGUUUUUUUUUUUUUUGGAAAUGUCACAGGAAGUGGUUUUUAUAAUAAAAGAUGAAGACUCAAGAAGGGGGUAUAUCUGUGGAUGUUGGGUUUUGAACCUGCUAUCAUCUUUUCACAAUCACAGCAUCCUUACCUGCUGAGCCAUAUACUACCUCUUGUUUAUGUUCCAAUUAAACCCAUGUCUAAGUAUUAUUUUAUUAGGGUUUGCUAUAAGUUUAGUAAAAGAAAAAAAUGCAUUUAAA